CUGUACCAUUUGCAAGGACGAAGCAAAAAUCGUAAUGCAAUCUUUUUAGGAUCAGAGUCGAGUUUUCUUAACGAAAUAGAUGGAGUUCAUCGAAGAUUCUUCAUGAGUAGAUAGAAGCGCCAAUUAUGAGCUUCAUACCAUUUGAAUUAGCGCAACGUUUCCGCUCUCCACAUCAACAGUUGCUACGAGUCCUGUUUAAUGAACAAACGAGGUCUUUCUUUUGCCCAAAGAAGAUAUAUUCUCGAUCAAGAAUCCGUAGGAAAUUCUUGAGUAUCGAUACCAACAAUGGAUUUUCAUAUCUUGUCCACCCAAAAAGCUUGUUACAGACAACUACGAAGAGCCAAUGCUCGCGAAAAAUUUCCCAAACUCCGGGAAAAGAUACUAUUUGUUGGCCUAAAGAAGGUCAUGACUCGGACUCUUUCCGCGUGGUUGUUCAGAAAUUCAGGAAUCUUGAAUUGAAGCCAAAUCCUGUGAUCUUAAAGGAGGCUUACAAUGAAUCUCGGAACCUUGUUGAUAUUUUUAUAAACAUGACAUCAUUGCCAGACUUAAGAGAUAAAAUGAUUGAAAACUUGAACACAUUUUUGAAUUUUUAUGACAUAUUUGGAGGGGAAAAUGAAUUUUACAAGCUUUCUUCCAAGAUGAAAUCAUAUUGCAUUGCAAAUGAAGCAACUUAUUAUUUAAUUAUUCGCCAUGAAACAAGGAUAAAUACAUGGAAGGAUGGUCUGAAAAUUUUAGAAAAUAUGGAAUCUAUUGGUAUUGAGCCACAUGCAAGAACAUUUCAUCAUAUUAUUCUGAAUGCUGUUAAGGAGGGGGAUCUUAAUGAUGCUUUGGGUCUGUUAAAGCAAAUGAGAAAAAUUGAAACAGUUUUCCAUGACCAGUUUUAUGGGUCACUGAUUGAUACUGCUCUGGAAAAAGGAGAAGGAACAAGAUCAUUUGUUCUAUCAGUUUUUGAUUCACUUAUAAACACUGGUUUUACUGUUGGACCAAAGACAUUUGGGUCAGCAAAAAGAUGGUUUGAAAGUGAUAAAAAGAAAAUUUGGAAAGUUGGAACAUCCCUUGUCAACCUAAAAGGAAUUUGCAAAUGCUGCGGAUCACAGUUAAAGAGGUUUUCCUUACCAAUUGAAAGGAGAGAAAGUUUACAAAAGAAACUUUUUGACAUUGCAGAAACCUCAAUAAGCAAAGUUCUUGAUAAUGCUUCAGUUUCAAAGAUACCAGACUUUAAUAUUUCAAGCUCCUUCAAUCCACAGAACAAGAUCAAUGAAUUCAAGCAUUAUUUGAGUACUCAUGGACCAUUUGAUGUUGUUCUAGAUGUACUUAAUAUUGCAUAUUAUAGAGACAGAGGAUUCAACUCGUUUCAGGUCAAAAGAGUUGUCAGACAUUUUCUCGAUCAAAGAAAGCAUGUGCUGGCUUUGUGUUCAAGCCCAUUACUUUCCACACUUUUGGAGAAAGAGGUGGCAACAGAUCUUCCAAACUACCACAUGGUUCAACUCUUGCACUAUUUACGAAGGCAAGGUUGUGGAAUCUUCUUUGUUGAUGACAAGAAAGAAGAUGGCCAUAUUGAUGACUACUUCAUACUACUAAGCAUGGUUUAUCAAAACAUGGACAUUGAUAUAAUAACAGCAGACAAAUUUGGUGACCAUAUCCAUACACUGGACAUCAAUGCCAAAAAUGAUUUUAAACGCUGGAUGCGAUCACAUCAAAUAGUGCUGACAAAGUUUACUGACACAGGGAAACCCAUCUUUCCUCGUAGGGAAAAUUAUGACAUUGAUGUUCAAAGUACAAAGAGCAGUUGGCACUUCCCUGGCCCAAACAAACAAUGGUUAUGUUGUAUUAAAAAGUAGGUUGGCAUUAGAUGAAAAUUAGAACAACAAUGUCCUUAAAGUUGAUUCAUUAGCAAGCAGUCUCCUUUAAAAAAGCUAGUCUGUAUAAAACCAUAAUUAUGAAUUUGUAUUGUGUUGUUUCUGUUUAAAUACAUUUUAUCAAGAAAUAUAAGAUUAA